UUCAGGGUUGUAGCCAGCCAACCAUCAUGCAAUCUGCUGUGUGUGUGUGAUGACACGCUGCGUUGGUUGAGUCGGGCUGACUGAGUGAAUGAUGAUCGGCCACUGAGCUGCUUGUUUGUGCAGGUGAUUUGAUUUCACCCUGAGAAGACGUCCAUCCUGUUUGCAUCCAUUGUCUCCUCUUAAAGGGAUCCUAUCUGAACCGGGCCGGUCACCACAACCCUUGGAUAACACUAAGAAAUGCAGCACUGAGUCGGGACACAAGUUGAGCCAGUCCGGAGAAGCCCUGACCACGUCACCAAGUUCCUCAUCAACACCAUUCAUCAAUACCAAACAGUCGGCCAAUGCGAACAGAGAUUCAGCCAUGGAAUCACUCAUGGCACUGACCGAUGCCGAGUCCAGUGAAUUUAUCCAAGCCGGUAGCGCAGGCUCCCUGUGCACGUCAAUGAAUUUUGGCCAGAUCAGCACGAUUGGACAUGACACGGUGGAAGGAUCCAGUAAUGGCUACGUCAACUCUUGUGUGAGUAUUGGCAGUCAGUCAGCUAACGAUGUAGCUGCUGCAGAGUAUCUACAAAAACAGGAGGAGGAGGAGUUACUUCAGGCAUUUGCUGACUCGGCAGGAGUGGCUCAGGGAAUAGCUCAGGCUCUUGACGUGGAUUCGCUGACACCGUCAUUCGUGUCGGAGCCAAAUUUUGUAUUGGACCUGGAGCCCGAAGAUAGACUGCAGUGUCGUUUCGCAUCCAAGUCGGACUCAACUGGCAUGGAAAACUGUAACGGAAACAGAACUCAGGAUUGUGAGGGCUCCUUACUCAUGGCUGAAAGAACUUCAGAAAAUACAAUGGCUAUGGACUUGCCAGCCACUGAUUUACCCCAGCAGCCAGAUAUUCAUGUUCCUCCGACGGGAAUGCAAAUGCCCAUUGAUACUGGAAUGGUGAUAGAAGUCAUGGAAAUGGAAGACGGUCGAGACACGGUAGUAGAGUCUACAAAUCCUCCCAGUGAGACAUUGAAUUUUGGAUACCACUCCUACUCUCACAAUUUUGGAGCUGACGCUAUCAUGGAGAAGGAAUCCGACGUUUCAAACUUAACCAGUGAUGAACAGGAAGCAGAUGGCAAAGUCACUUCAUUGGCUGUGGCUGUAUCUGAUUCCCAGUACACUGUCCAUUCAGGUUACAGCCCAAGAGGUAAACAAACCACCUCACCAAAGUCACAACCAAAAGCCACAAAAGCUUGCCAAAAGUCAAAGAAGGCAAAGUCAACUAAAACUGCCCCAUCCAAGUCAAGCCCAUCGAUUUCAGCAAACGGUUGUUCUAAAUCCCCAAGCUCAACAAAGACUUGUACUAAGUCUCCCAAAUCUAGAACUGCAGACGAACCUGUGGAUGAAAUAGACAAAAGGAAUACCGUGUGUGUCAACAAACCUGCCAAAGAACCAAAUCUCAGCAGUCCAAACAAAACUAAGUUGUCGGUCCAGAAAGCCAAAGUAUCCACCUGUGUAAAAGACAUGCCCCUUAUCAGCCCAGACAGAUCGGCAAAAACAUCUGGGAACAAACCUUCCCGAGUCAGCACAAAACAGACAAAAACAGGAACUGGAAAGGAGAAAGCUGUGUCAGGAAUUCCUAGGAGAACCAUCAAGUCAAAAUCAAAGAGUGACGAAGCUGUUACGAAACCAACUAAAGCAAGAAAAACUAAACAGCCCCAAGAUGCAUUGGAAACCAGUGCAAAAACGAAAAACAGUAAGAAAAAGAACAAAAGUCUGCCUAUUUCAGUAGACCUGUCCAAAGUGAAUGUGGUGGUCGCAAAUGAUCAUACAGGUCUCAAGAAACCAAAGAAAAGCAAAAGCAAAAUCAAAAGCAAAGAUAAAGACAUUGAUCCAAAGCUGAGUUGCCCAGCUGUUGUGUCUCCCAAGAGCAACUCAGGAACCACUAAGUCAUGUUUGUCACCCAGACCCACCAAAUCAAAGCCAAAGAUAAAAUCAACUUCAGCACCUCCAAAGGAGAAGGCUGUCAAAGAGAAGACAUCCAGGGUAAAGUCCAAGAAGAAGUUGGACCUGUGUGUGAGUCCCUUACCAGUCGCUUCACAAUUCCCAUUGAAUGCCCACUCUGAAAACAGUAUCCCACCAGUCCUAGAAAUUGCCACCAAAGCACCCAAGAAAGUCUCCAAGUCAAAGAAGUCUGCCAAGAAGUCCAAGUCAGGGAAGUUGAAGGGUUGUAAAUCCAAAGUACUGAGCUCUACAAUUGUGCACACGGAUGGAUUGCUACAGGUGGCUACUAAAUUAAACAAGCGAUCAAAGACUUGCAAAGUGAGUAAAAAAGAAAAGAAAGUUAAAAAGCCCAAGAAGCACAAAACAAAAGAGAAGGUCAAGGAAUUCAUUCCUGACAGAUCACAUCCACCACCUGCCAGACUGCCGCUAGCUGGAACGUCUCCUCUGCAUAUCCUUAUUCCAGAUGAAGAGCCCAUUGCUUCACCCUUGUCUUCACCCCCUUGUCCUCCAAGUAAGGGGAAAGGCAAGAAAUCUGGCUCAGGUGUGGCAAGACUCAUGACUGAAUGGCUGCUUGAAAAUGGCAAUGAAGAUGAUGAUGACGAGGAGACCAUCAUGCUCCACAGAGACAAGCAACUCCAAAGAUCUCCAAAGAUGGGCGGUUCCAAAUCCAGCAAGACCAGUAGCCCAAACAAAGAAGUGUCUGCUCCGGUGUCACCUCUCAGUUCCUCAUGUUUAGGAACACCAACCAAAAUCCCACAUGUUUUUGCCGAACCUGUGAAAACUCUCCACGAUGUUGCCAAAAAGAGGCCACUGAAUGUUGAUCCGAUACGACCAGAGAUAAUAGAAGGAUCCAAAGAGAAGCAACAUAAGGAGCAGACUCCCUCACCUCAGAGCGCUACCACUUGCAUGAGUGAGGAAACAUUGUUCAGUGACAGUGGCAUUGGCACAGAUAAUAAUAGUAAUCCAGACCAGCAUGCAUUGGACAAGCACAGGCGACGCUCAGUACCCUCAGUUACUGAAUCAGACAUGUCAAGUGAGCUUCUGGAAACGCACCCCCUGGCUACCUCAGCACAUGGUCUCUACAGCUACGGCAAGAAAGACAAGCAUCGUAAGGUAAUGAACUGGCAUUUUGGUCCACACAGGAAGAGACGAAAGAAGUACCGCUUUAUGCGGCAACCAGGCAGAAUGAGCCCCGCUUUUGUGUUUGAAUUGGAUGCUGUCAUCCUGGAGCUGCGGGCUCUCCAGCUUGAUUUCCACGAAGAUGUGUUUGAUGUCACAAAGGCUGCACCUACCUUUGUUGACAAGGAGUUGGAGCCUAAGAACCACUUGUCAGCCAUCACCAAAUUGAAUCCAAACUACAGCAGCUACCUUAGACCAUCUUACCUGGCUACUGUCCUCAGUAGUCCCCACUCGAAAACGAACAAACACAAGUCGGGCAAGAAAAAGAGGAAGGAGAAAGAAGAGAAGAGAAAAAAGGGGUUUUUCGGCGAAGAGGAGGAAAACAAACAGGAUAUAAGUGAGCAGUACUUCAGCAACUCAGGAGGUCGAGAAGUGAUGCCAUGUAACUUCCUACCAGUGGAUUCAAAACCAUCCAAAAAUGCUGGGAAUAAAUCCAUUGACAGUGCCGCUAGUAAUGUACUGUCGGACAGGACGAAAGUGGACUUUCCUGGGUUGGUCUUUGGGACACAAAGAAUGGAAGAAGUCAAGAAGGAUGGGGAACGAGAAGAAAUGGAACCUACAUGUAGGGAACAGAUUCAAGUGGUGGGAGGGACUAAACCGUCUUCAAACAGGAGGACAUCAGGGAAGGCGUCAUCAAAAAAUCUUAAAUCAAAGAGAACUAAAGGUAUUAAAUCUCUUGGUACUAUGCCAUCUUCUGAUAGUGUUUCAAAAGAGGAUCGUGAUUUACAAACUGAACUUGUCGAUCUGGAGGUGCAACAAUCAUCUUCUGUGACAGACCAACAACACAGUGGCAAUGAUCAACAGAAGGCUUGUGUGGGACCUGGUUCUUCUAACCAGGGUGCUAAAACUAACGAUGGUAGAAAAGACUCGACCAUCAUCAUUGGCAGCCAAGAUGUUGUCCAAAAUGAAGUCAGCAGACAGAGGGAUUGUUCAUCAAAUUCAAGAGUUGAAGAGACAUCUGUAGUAACUGAAACUGUCAGCAACGCCAUUGAGACCUGUGGGUCAGCAACAGAAAAUGACACCUCUUUAACACCGGAAGCUCCUUUGGCAUCAGAUAUAACCCCAACUGUUGACGCCAAGUCAAAGCCAGUUGUCAAGAGGCGGAGAAAGAAAAGAGUUGCCAGGUUCACCAUGCACAAAUCAAAAGCUUACAUGAAAAAGAAGCUUGAAAUGUUGAAGAAGCAAGCUGAGGAGGAGGCGUUACGAGCUGACCUACUGGUUGACCAACCAAAUGAUGGGUCUGGACAAACAGAAAAAAUUGAGGCAGUGCCUGAUACAGCGUCGGAGAGCAUAAUUGCUGCUGACGUGGAAAACAACAACAUUCUGGAACAAAAAGAAGAAAACAAAAGUACUUGCCAGCCAUCUGAAAUUUUACCAGAACAAAGAAGUCCUAUCUCCAAAACACCCACAUCUUGCACUGUGUCAGAUUGCUCAACCGUGCCGGUCUCUCCAUCAGCUGAAGAGACUAUAAAGAAAACCAAAGUGGAAAGUAAGUCACCACCGAGGAAGAAAAGGACCAAGAAACUCAAAACAGACAAGAGUAACGUGGAUGUCUCUGUCCUGGAUUCUACUGUAGUGUGUAUUCAAACAGACAUACAUGAAACUAAAACUAAAAGUCUUGGACCCUGUGCAAAUGAUAUGGAAUCCGUGAGAGUACCCAGCCUGGACAAUAUGGUAGACUCUAUUGAAGCUUGCAUCAAGAAGUGUUCACCUGUAGAGGUUCGUGGUGAACCAAAGGCCAUCAAAGGCAAAAAAGGUGUUGGUCAGAAACUCUUGAAAGCCUCUGGUAUCUCCCCUGGUAGGACAGGAAAGGAGUCCUACAAGUCAGAACCAUCAGGGAUUUCUGAUGCAGUGCCCGAUAACAUCUUUGACAGAUUAAAAACUUGCAGUGGCCCAGCACAGAGAGAAUUACAGGUGCUUACUGUUGUCAAGGAUCAGUCGCUUUCCCAUGGAUCAGCAACAAGUGAUAGUACAAACACCCAGGAUAAUCAAUUGACAUGUAAGGUCAGUAAGAAGCAAUCCAGUAAACAGCAGAGUGGUGACCCUAAGACACCCAAAACACCCGGAAGGAAGAGAAGCUACAAGACCAAAGUAACAGUAGAGGACGUCACAGAUGCUUCAGUUGAAACAGCUGCCAUCAAGAAAACCUGUAAAGUUGAGAUCAGUAAUGAUUCAGUCACAGCCAGUGCCUCUGAGAAUGCUACAGGAGCACCUCAACAGACUUUUGAUGUCGCUAACCAAGUCAACAGUGCACAGUCGUGUCGACCCAGUUCAGAUUCAUCUGGGUCACCAGAAAACAGUGGGCCGGUCCCCGAUCCAACAGGCCCAGAGAAGCCUCAAGAUGGGGUAUCACUACCUAUGGAUACUUCACCUAAGGAUAGUGCCGAUGAAACCAUUGACCUAACCUCAAAGUCACCAGAACUGGAGACAUUCACAGUGGCCAAAAGCACAGUCAAGACAAAAACCCUGAAGGUCCAAAAGAAGAAAAUGCAAAUGAGCAAAGUGCCAAAGAUUGUGCUGAAGAGAACAGUGGACACGGCUACUGUGGAUGAAUCCUCAAAGCCGCUCAAAAAGCGCAAACUCAUGAAGGAGCCACUGGUUACGUGUACAGAUAAUUCUCUCAUCAGUUUACCAUCCCUGCCCUCCACGAGUACAGCUCCCUUCCCAACCCCUUGCACGCCUCCGUCGACCCUGACCAACAAGUCUCCGGACAAGACGACCGCCAGCCCACAGCCCACCUCUGCUACCAAGGCUAAGAAGGUCAAACCCUUGGUGGCGGUCUGCAGAUCCAAGGUGUCCUCAGGAGGGCCCACGUCACCCACAGCAGUCGUGGCAAGGAAAGGUACCUCAAGGCAGCAAGGCAAGAAGAGACCGCUGCCUAAGAAGACCUACUGGAAAGCCGGCAUCUACUCCAGCACCUUCAAAAUAGAUCCAUUGGCCAACCCAACUGAAGAUGAAAGUAAACACGAUGAAGUCGUCAAACCAGAAAUUGUGGAAGGGGACUCAGAAACCACACAAGAAGCAGAACACGGAUUGCUGCCUCUUCCGAUUUUAUCCGGUUCGUUAUUCUGGGAGGAACAGGAUGAUUUUCAGUUGCCCUAUGACCUGUGGUGGCUGCAUACGCACAACAAGCUGUCCAACAGACAAGAUCCUUCCAAAUACAAGAAACUCAAAAAUAACAUCUACCGUGAUGUGAAGCCAAUAUGUAACACACAGAAUACAUGUAACUGUCGGAGGCCCAGAGAUGCAACGCAGAAAGGAUGUGGUGACGAUUGCCUGAAUAGAAUGGUCCUGAGCGAAUGCUCGCCUAGUACAUGUCCCUGCGGGGAGCUGUGCUGUAAUCAGAGAAUACAGAGGCAUGACUGGGCAGCGGGGCUUCAAAGAUUUAUGACCAAGGAACGCGGUUGGGGUAUCUGCACCAAGUAUCCCAUAAAAGCCGGAGAAUUCAUUCUGGAGUACGUCGGCGAAGUCAUCAGCGUCAAGGAACUCUGGAAGAGAGCCCUGAGCGACUACCAGUACCAAAAACAUCACUACUACCUCAAUCUGGACUCGGGCACCGUCAUCGACGGGUACCGGUACGGCAACGAGGGCCGCUUUGUCAAUCACAGCUGCGAGCCCAACUGCGAGAUGCAGAAGUGGUCGGUCAGCGGGAUGUAUCGGAUCGCGCUCUUUGCAAUGCGGGAUGUAGAGGCUAAUCAGGAAUUGACGUAUGACUACAACUUCCAUGCCUUCAAUCUCGAAACACAGCAAGAGUGUAUGUGUGGAAGCACCAACUGCAGAGGAACAAUCGGAGGCAAAACACAGAAACCAAAUGGGGUCGUCAAGAAAGAGCCACCGUGCGGCAAAAAGACGGGCAAGAAGUGUGGCCGGCCGCCCAAGGACAAGAGGAAGUCUCUUAACAUUCUCAAGAAAAGGGAGAAUACGGCUGAAGAGUUGAGUGCCUUAAAGACCCUACGGCUGUUACUCCCUCGACCGAUGUCCGUCAGAGAGAUGAAUCUAAUCGCCGACCGGCGCGUCUUUCUUCUGCGAAAUAUUGAGAAGGUGAAACGUGUCCGAGAGGCCAUCUUGAAGGCCAGGCAGGAUAUUAGAACUGUGAAAGUCGCCAAUCCAGAGGCCAAUAAGAAAGAUGUCUUCAUGGCUCAGUUCACGGCGCUGAAGACGUCGCGCUCUGUCAAGACGCGGCGGCUUGCGGCCGCCGAGGUCAACGUGGAGGUCACCAAGGCAGCUAGACUUGCGCAGGUCUUCAAGGAUAUCUACACAGUGGUUUGCACCUACAGGGAUUCCAGUGGCCAAAGUUUGGCGAUUCCGUUCAUGAACAGACCGUCCAAGAAAAGGAACCAAGAUUACUACCAGCGUAUAUCUGACCCGAUUGACUUGAGCACCAUAGAGAGACACAUCAUGUCGGGCUACUACAAGACCGUGGAGAGAUUUGACGAUCACUUCAUGCGCGUCUUCAGAAAUGCAGAGAGGUACCAUGGCAAGAAGUCCGAGUUAGGAAAGGAUGCCUCCGCUCUACGUAAGGCCUACCUCAAGGCCAAAUUGGACAAUGCCAAGUUCUUUGAAGACAUCCUCGGGGAACCACAGAAGGAAAAAGAACUCAAAGAAGAUAUCAAAGCAGCUAAAGAAGAGGAGGAAGAGGAAGUCAUCCGUUGCCUUUGUGGAUUAUUCAAUGAUGAGGGACUCAUGAUACAGUGUGAAACUUGCUUGAUCUGGCAGCAUUGUGACUGUAUUGAUAUGAAGGAGCCAGCUGAACAUUAUCUAUGUGAACUCUGCCAACCCAGACCAGUGCCAAAGGAGAUUCGCAUGGUGCCCCAGCCCAAGUUUGCACAGCCUGAUCAGACCUAUUACCUGUGCCUACAGAGAGAUGAAACGCUGACCGUCAGACAAGGCUGCUGCGUCUAUCUUGCCAAUGACAACCAACAUCAAAAUGCCGACGGAUCAGGGAUCAAGACUGCGGCGGAGGUGAUGUCAAACGUCGACCCCGCUGAACUCAACAUAUUCAGAGUAGACAAACUCUGGAAGAAUGAAAACGGUGAGCAGUUUGCCUUUGGCCAUCAUUUCCUGAGACCCUACGAGACCCACCACACUCCCUCCAGGAAGUUCUUCAAGAACGAGCUCUUCAGGGUGCCGCUGUAUGAGAUCAUUAAACUAGAGAUCAUCGUGGGAGUCUGCUGUGUCAUGGACUUCUACACGUACUGUAAAGGGAGACCUAAAGGUGUGGAGGAGAAGGACGUGUAUAUCUGUGAGUACCGUCUGGACAAGACUGCACAUCUCUUCAAUCCCAUCAGCCGCAAUAAAUACCCCAUCUGCACCAAGACGUACGCCUUUGACAAGUUUGACAAGAAACUGGUCCCUAAGAGAGACUACUCGCCACACCUUGUACCGGAGCAUUUUAAGAGGGGCUAUGGUGGCCGCGCCACAUGUAGCAAAGACAAGACAGACGGGGAAGAAGGUGACAGCAACGCACCCCAGGAGGCGUCACAGUGCACACCCAGUGAUAAACAACAGCACAGAAACAAAGGCAGCACAGGAAAGAACAAGACCAACAGUGCCGAUGAGUCGAAGAAACUCAAAAAAAUCAACAAGAAGCGAGAGAAGGAGCAAUCCUUGGCAAUGAGACGGCUAAUAGAGCAGCAGAAAGCUGAGAGAAUAGCUGUCCAGAAGGACCGACUCAAUGGAUUGCUGCUGGGUCUACUAGCCAAGCUACCCAACAAACAGCCUGUUGAUCUGACGUACUUACUGGAGGAAGGAAAUGGCAAACGUCGCUGCAAGAGGCCGCCCCAUUCAUUGGAUGGAUUUUUCUGACGGCAUGACUCUGAGAAGAUCUACCUUGAUGGUGUCUAGAGGUGUCGGCAUCUCCUACACUGCUUGGGGUAGAGGCUGAUCCUGACAAUGAACGACUAAUCAGCUUCCAAGACCAACUCCUUAAAUUUGGCUUUUUCGGGGGUAUGAAAAAGAAGUUUGACAGUCUAAAAGGUCACAAAUUUUCGAACAUUGUUGAAAGCUGUGUAAAGAGUUUGUGUGACGAUGAGCUGUUGCAAACGUAGCUACAGUACACUUGUGCAGUGAACAAAAAUGCCACCUGCAGUUAUUUGUGCUGAAAAAAAGGGAUGCACGCAGUUGACCUUUGUUUGGUCACAAGCCCCGCCCACUUUUGGUGUAUUGACCAGUUGACUGAGUUUGAUAGGCUGACCAUGGUCACCUGACUAAAAGUUGCGAUCUAAUUGGUCAAUGUGCGGGUUUGAUUGACACACAGAAAGGGUCCCUUUGCAGAUUGACAGGUGGUGGACACAAGUUCUGACAGAUAACGUGGUCAACCAUUAAACACGGGAGACUUUUUAUUGCAGAUCGGAAUAAUGAAGUAGAAUUUUGGACAGUGAUAGAUAUUUUUAUCGUGAUGGUUUAAAGUUUGUGUUCUAGCUAUGCGGCUGUUCAGAAUUGCAAAGGAUAGGGUACAACGAUGUUCACUGGAUUGUUUAUUUUUUACUGAACAAUAAACUGGUUGUAAUUAAUUUGUGUAUAAAGUGUUUGGUUUGGAAGAGAGCAUGCUAGAAAAGAACAGGUCGG